AUGAGACGAAAAAAAAAAAAUAUUUCUAAACAUUCAUUUUAUGCUUGUAAUGAUGCACAAUUGUUGGUUUAUGACACGGGAGUUCUUGAACUUCAAGUUGCGGAAGUUAUUUCUCAACUAGAAACUUAUGGUUAUUGUUUAGAUUAUUUAACUGCAUUGAAAGUUUUAAAGGGGAAUUAUGCCCGAGGUGAUGUAAAACGUGCUGUUGAAUUUUUGUUAUAUAUGAGAGAAGCAAGUGAACUUGUUGUACAUCAAAUUGAUCCGACUAUUAAACUCCUUGGUUCUGAAAAUUUGAAUGGUGUUACUUGUUAUUUGGAUGCGCUUUUGUUUGCUAUGUUUGCAAAGACCAAUUGUUUUGAAGCUAUGCUUUUCCAAGAAGGAAAAGAUUCUAUUUCAAGCAAGCUUUGUACAUUUAUUAGAUUGUGGGUUAAUAUGCUUCGAGAUGGAAAACUAAUUACAAGUGAUAUUAUAUCACAAGUAUGUGAUGCUCUCAGUGAAUGUGGUUGGGAGAAUGCAAGUAAAGUACAACAAGAUGCUUGUGAAGUAUAUACUCUUAUUACGGAACAAUUGGAUUUUCCUUUAUUAACAUUUAAAGUUAUUAUAGCACAUGGUGGGAAAUUUAAUAGUGAAAAUGAUCAUAAGUAUAUUCAUGAAAGAUUGCUUUGUGUUCCGAUUCCUGGUGAUUUUCUAUCUUAUGAAACACCAAUAUCGUUAGAAGAUUGUCUUUCAGAAUACUUUAGUAAUCACAUAAAAGUUAGAAGAUAUGUCGAACGAUCGUUGUCUGGGAGGAGUACCAAGAAAAAUAUUCAAUGUUUUUAUGGUUCUGGCUUAAUUGAUAAUAAGAAUAAUAUACAAGAAUGUAAUGAUCAAUUAGACGAUUUUUUUUAUAAUGAUAUUAUAGCCUUGCAUUCUGAAAGUGAUGCUCCCUUAGUUUCUGCAUGGCAGUUUUUUCAACUUCUUCCAUUUUAUUCAGACAAAAAACCAGAUAACUUAAGUCAAUAUUUUGUAGAAAGGCUUCCUAUAGUAACCAUUUGUCUUAAAAGGUAUUUAUGGACUAUGGAAGGUGAAGCAUACUGCAAUAGUCGGAAAGUUUUGAUUCCCCUUACUCUUGAACUACCUUAUUUGAUUUCACAUGAAGAAACUUCUACAAGUGAUCCAUUAGAAGUUAAAAAAUAUAGACUCGUUUUGCAAUCUGUUGUUUGUCAUAGAAAUACCGGUUUUACUAUUAGUUCUGGUCAUUAUAUAGCUUUAUCUAGAGACAUACAUUCGAAAAAAUGGUUUCUUUUUGAUGAUUUGGCUUACCAAAAAGUUUCUGUUUUUUAUGAUCCUGAUAAAGUACUUAAUUCAGAGAUGCCAUAUAUGUUGUUUUAUCAAUUAGAAAGCUACGUACCAACUAUACCUCAGAAAGUUCCUGAAAUUGAAUUUUUAAAACCAAUAAAUAAUACCUCGAAUUUAUUACCGUUUUGUAAUCCUUUAAAUAAUUCGUUUAAUAUAAUGAAAGGUUUUAAAAAGAAUUGUUUGAUACAAUAG